UAACUGUUUUUGUUGAUUUUUUUUAUUAUUAUUCCUGCUGCUUUAAUUAUCACAACACAACAACACCGGUCACAUCUACUCGUCCGCAUUCGUCCUUCGCUCGUCGUUCUUCCUUCAGCAAAGUAAUCAGUCAACGGCCACAGUGUACGGCGGUCGUCUAGUUGGUUGGUCGUUGUUUGUGCUCGGUCGCUGCUCUCUUGAGCAAAUACUCGUGUCGAAUGUUAUGUUUUUACUUUAUUGUUGUUUUAUUUAACAUUCCCGAACACACACGCACAUCCUCAAGUAUAUGUACGUUUAGUUUCAUUCAUUUCUGUCAACAACGCACCUUCAUCCCUUGUACUUGGUCUCGGCCACCACAGACGAGUGUGCUGCGACUGAGAGCGUCGACGUUGGCGGUAACCCAGCUACGCUGUUAUUACCCUCCAUGCGAACAGUCCACUUCAUCGUUCAGCUCAGUUGUUGUUUAUUUGUGUAUUGUCUUCCGUCUCGCACGUUGACUUGCGUUGAGCUGCGCUGCUCUAUGCCGAACUAAAACGAAUUGAGCGCAGAAAAACUCAGCAGUUGAGAAAUUUCAUUUUAAUGUGGAGCGCUUUAGUCGUUUAUCGAUUUCGCAAGGUUUGGUAGUGUUUUAUAACAGUUUACCGACAAAUAAACGGCAGGAAAAUUUCGAAAAAAUAUCAAAAAGAAAAACUCAAGAAAAUUAUUGACUUAUUUGUGUAUAGCCAACAAGCAAAUAGUCCGGUGGUUAAUCGGAGUGUGGGUGCGUUAAAGACGUUUCUGCCGCCAAUAUUGGCUAAUUCAUCAGAACACGAAUUGAUAAACCUGCGGGCAUUUACUAGUGAAUGUGAUAAAUACGUGUUGCUUUAACUCUUGUGUAUACAUACAUAUGUAUACAUAUAAUAAUUUUACAAAAUGAGACAAAGGAAAACAAAGGCCAUAUGAUGGCAAAUAAAAUUUGCUGGUGCAUUUCCGAGAACAUUCCCUGAGUUCCAAUUAAGUCCAGCCGACAGUUGCUGAAAGGUUAAACAAUUGAGUGAAUUUAAAUCUAAUACAUUUACAAAAGACGAACAAAGAUCCAAAUCCGCAUCCUGAUCAUACGACAGCACCUUACACCCACGCUGAUGCAGCAACCGCAAUCGUCCGCAUUGUUGACGCCAAACAAUUUUAACUUGGCUGCGCAUCAGCACAUGGUAAUCGGCGGAAAAAUCAUGGAAUGGACCAAUGACGAUGCACUGGAACUAAUCGAGCAAUAUCGAAUCCAUACAGAGUUGUGGAAUCGUGCUGAUCCCAAGUACAAAGACAAGUUAUGCCGUUUUCGAGCGUGGUCGGAAAUAGCGGAACGUUUUGGCUGUAGCAAGGCAGAGGUGGAACGAAAGAUGAACGUCUUACUCACACAAUAUCGGCGCGAGAAGCACAAAAUGCUUGUCAAACUAUAUCAGGGCAUCCAGCCGAACCCGUCCAAGUGGUACGCGUUCAAGCGGUUUGAUUUUAUGGAAGCGGGUGGUGGCGGUGGUGGAUCAUCAAGUAGAUCGGGCACAAACGGCCACACAACGGUGGGCACAGUCGCUGCUGCGGCUGCAGUAACUCUAAACGGUCUUAACACGUACGAUACCACAACAACUGCGGCGCAACAGACGACAAGUGCAGCUAUGGCAGCGGCAGCGGUAGCAGCCGCGCCGAGCACUUCCCACCAUCGGCGAAUGAAGAAAGAGAUGAAGUAUUUCGGUGCGAUGGGUAUAAGCUUACCGAUGCUGAUCGCCAAUACGACAACAUUAGAUACGUGGAACACUGUCGGGCAGUAUUCGCCACCAAUCGGCAGUGAUCGCAAUCAGUUACGUGUUCCCUUACCCAUGCCCUUUUCCAGCUCCCAGAGCGAGCUGAACGUGGCGAACAGUGCAACACGCAGCCUUUUCGGCGGUAGCAGUAACAGUGACAUGACCGCCAGUCCUCAAAAGCUAAUGGAAACAUCUGAUAUCGAGGAAAAAGAGGAGAUGCUGGCGAAACGUGAACGAGUUACACCAUCCAGCGUUCACAAUGUAAGCGGAGGCAGUGACGGUGGCCCAGUUGGUAGUUGCGCGGUGGGCGCUGUAGCGGCCAGCAGCGGUAGCAACGCUAGCAGUAGCGGCGUUGUUGGCAGUAGAAGCGGUGUAGGAGGUGCUGUUGUUGAAGCAAUCGAAGAUGGUUCUAGUCCCAUACCAAACACAAAUACAAUGGAAACGCACGAAAAGCGUCGGCGAACAACUCGCGAUCAAGACGAGCUAGACAUUAAACGAGAACUCGUGGACUACUUUCAUGCGCCUCAUCCUCCCGCACCGCCCGACUCUCAUCGAUCGUACAGCUCCACCGAUGAAAACCGUCUUGGCGGUAUAGACCCAGACGAUUUUGCUCAAGACUUGCGUGUCAGCGCUGCAGCUGCUGCGGCGGCCAAGGGCCUAGACUUUAGUCAAUUUGUAUUGCCGCGCAACCUACGCCGCUCCUCUGAAUCAAUUGAGGAGAAGUUCGUUCCGCUCAAUAUGCGUAAAUUGAAUUCCGCUUCGACGACCGCCACAACCGCUGGUCAAAUGCUUAUGAACUCGUUGCUGUCUAAUGAGAGUUUGUCGGAAGAAACCGCCACUAGCGCAAGUGGUCGCAUCAAAAGCGGAUCUCAAGAAACGGCAUCAACGUCUGCGGCAGCUGCAGCGGCUGCACUCUACGCUGAAAGUCUGAAUAAAGACGACUGCGAUUUCAUCGGUUCAAAUGUCACGUUAAAACUGAGAUCGAUGGACCGUACCCAGCGAAUCAUAGCCGAGAAAUUGAUAAGUGAAGUACUUUUCUAUGGGCAGUUUAACGAGCUGGAACGAAGCGCCCACAUACAGCCCAAGUGACAGCUGCUACCAAAGCUUCGUAAAGGUUUUUAAACGUAACGAAAGCACACAUACAGAUACAUAGGUUCAUAUACCAUUUGAUUGUAGAUUUUGUUGUCUAAAACAAAGAAACACAAAGCAGCAUUUUGCCAGAAGAAUUAUAUUGAAACGAAGAGUUGCUCUAAAACUGCAUAAGCUUUUACAAUUUUGUAUCCUCCACAUUUAAGACUCGAAUAAUCUACAAAAAACUGAAAUUCCAGGAUGAGAUGUUUUUAAAUACAAAUUCCCGAAACACCUAUAUGAACGUUAUACGAAAAUCCUUACAGUACAAAUUUCAAUCUUUUUAUAUACUCAAAUCCAAAUUGUCUAGUUUUCUCAUAUAUGGUUUUAUGUACAUCACUUUACAGGGAUUCUUCUGGAACAAAAUAUUGUAUUUCAAUUCAUGAUUAAAGAUUGUGCUUGAAGAGCUCCACACUGAAAGUUUUCGGUUGUCGGUCAAAUUUUUGGACACACAGAGUGAUAUGGCAAACCUAUUAAUGGCAAAAAUUAAAAGCAUUUGCUCACGAAAUUAUUUUUUCUAUUAUAAAAGUUGCAUUUUACCAUAUAAACGAUUUUUCAGAUUUUAAAAUAGAUUUCAUAUUCCUAAUUUUGGAUUUUCUAGCAAUUUAAAUUAAAUAAUAAUACUUAAACUAAUUGAAGAACUUUCAUUUGCACUCACAUAAUUUUUCAGUUAAUCAAUUACACAUAAGCACAAGCAAAUUUUAAGCCAGUUCGCAGUGAAAGCUAUAUUUAGUUACAGAUUUGGUAACUUUCAGAUGGAGUAUCUGAUAUUUUCAAUAAUCUUUAUAUCCAAACAUCAAACGCAAUAAAGGAAUUCACAUACGCAGAUGCAAUGUAUGAAACGAAGUCAAAUGAAAGAAAUCAACGAAAAAGAGCAGAAUCAUUUAACAUGAAUUCAAAGAAUUACGUACCUCGCUUAUUUGUCAGUCGUCUUUUUAUUAUAUAUUUAGAAGCACACAUACCUUUACCUAAAAUAAAUAUACUGUAUAUAGAAUUACAUAACUAUAUUUUAAACAUGCAUAAGUAAAUAGAACUAGAGAAUUUAACUGUUUUUAAAACGUAAGAAUUUUAACACUUAUGGUUUUAUAUGUUUAUUAUAUUUUUUCUAUGACAUAACUUUUAUUAUAUUAUAUAUUUUUUCUGAGCAUACACACUGUGUACAUAUAAGGAAUUUUUACAACACAAAUACAAUGAUAUCCAAACUAUAAGUGUAAAUAUACAUACAAACGCAUAUAUGUGUGUGUACGCCUAACAAAAUCCUACAUAUGCAUUAUACAUAUACCUUUAUGUGUGUAGGUAUGUGCACACACUCGUGCAAACAAGCUGAUCAAUGAGCGGUAAGACCAUAUCAGUGGCGAAUUAAAAAUUGUACUAAAAAUUAUGAGUUUUAUCAUAUGUGUGUGUAUGUAUGUAGGUACAGUGCAUGUACAUACUAUAUUCAUAAUACUUAAAAUGAUGCUCCGCUUGUAUGGCUAUUGUCUGCAAAUGUAUAUGUAUUCGCUGAACUGAUUGGAAUAUACUUCUAUGUGAAUGUCUAUAAAUUCAACGAAAUUUACUGCAUUCAGUUUUAUGAAAUGACUUAAAGCUCGCUAGGAAGAAACCGUUUGAACAAAAACUGCAUGGACCCAAAAACAAGGCAUACAAGUAUAAGCAUAAAACCAACCACAAUUAACGGGGGAAAAUUAUAUCGUACCUUGUUUAACUGGAAUUUAGUCGUAAGUUUUUUAAGUUUUAUUUUGAUACGUAUGUAUUAGUUAGAAAGAAUUUUAGAAAAAUAAAUAUUGGCAAGAAAUGUAAAACUAAAAACAGACUUUAAAUACACAUAGAAAAAAUAGAAAUAAUAAAUGUGUACCUACGAUUUAUUAAUGUCGAUGAGAAAUCGUUUUAUUUGGAAUUACAUAUACAAAAGAUGGACAAAAAUCGGUGAAAAUAAUUGAAACUCCAAAUUUAGUACUUUCAAGAGAAGCUACAAUUUAUUACAAUGCAAAAAACCUGGGGUCGAAUGCAAGGAUGAUAGAAUACUAGGUUGCGUCUUCCGAAACCGCUGUGUCGUCAGAGCCCAUGAAUAAACGAACAAAAGGAAAGGGAAUUUCUUGUUUGUGAAGAGGAAUGGAAACAACCAAACACACAAGCAAUUCCACGUACACACACACACUUCACUUUCUUGCCAUGGCGUCUUCCGCAGAAAGUGCAUUUAAAGACAUUAUAUUAUUCUGUGCUUUCACAAUUUAACAAUUGUUUAGUUUAAAUCUCACAAAUCACAAUAUUACCCAGCCAUUCACUAAAUUUUCACAAGCAUGUAAUUUUUCCUCGUUCUGUUUGUUUUGUAUUGGAGAAGGACUUGAUGUCAGACUUUUUAAAAUCACGAAAAAUAAAGUAACUGUUUUGGUAAGACGCCACCUAGAGUACUAAAUUCUGGUGCUUGGGCGCCAUGGAUCGAAUGGUAGCAACAAAAUUACGCGAUACGUCAGCCAUAUUAUCUGAAUGGGAUGAUGGCAUACGAAUGCAAACGUAUCGUAGGCCUUUUCAAUUCACAACAGUUUUUAUGUCCCACAGCGUUUUGAAUUAUAUUAUUCACAGUAAAUAUGGAAUUGUCAAUAUAGUUUUCAAAUUACUUGAAUCAAACAAAACCUAA